AUGGGCCUUUUUAUGAGUGACUUCGAGGUGGCACUAUCGACCGAGAAAUACUUCCCUCGAGUGUGGAAACGAAAUUCUCAAUAUACCGAAAACCAACAGCCACAGACAGAUACCUACAUAACAUCCGACUCUAACCAUUACGGCGCCCAGAAGCAAGCAGCAUUCCAUUCUAUGGCACACCGCCUAUACAACAUACCGAUGGACAAAAAAGAUUUUGAAACCGAGAGAAACAGGAUACAUAAAGCUGCUGAGUUGAAUGGGUAUGACAAAGACUUUGUAAACAAAAUUCUCCGAAAACAUCAACGGAAAAAACACAGGCUAAAUUGCACAACACUAAAACCGGAAAAAGAAGAACAGCAUAGAAUCAGUCUUCCAUUUUACCCAAAAAUAACCAAUCCCGUCCAAUCCGUACUACAGAAACAUGAUUUCUAUGCUGUUUACAAAAGUGAAAACACCUUGAAAGAUCUGUUGUGCAAUUCAAAAGACAAAGUACCCCCGGAUGAAAAAUCAGGUGUCUACCAAAUCCCCUGCAAAAACUGCUCCGCGGUUUACAUUGGCCAAACACGACGGAAAUUAAAAGUGCGACUGCGAGAGCAUAAGAAUGCAGUUGACAACGAUCGGGCUAAUGAAUCGAGCGUGGCAGCACACACCAUAUCCCAAAACCAUGCCAUCGACUGGGAAAAUGCAAAAUUAUUAAAAAAUGUACGAAAAACAUCGAACCUAAACGCAUGGGAAUCAAUGUACAUCACCACCGCCGACAAUCCAUUAAUGAAUGAGGAUGAUCCCCCAAUACUCUCUUCGCUCUUCCACCUGACGAAGCUGUAA